AUGGAGAAUUUGAAAAGGCCGUGGAUACAAAAUCAAUAAGUGGAUACAAAAUCAAUAAGUUAUCAAUGGCCUCUUUUGGUUUUUUAUUUUCUUUUUGUAACUGUGACUCCAGUUUACAUUUUAAUAUUUAUAUGUAUUUCGAGAGCUAGAAGGACUUCAGUUACUUUUAAAACUACAUUUUAUGUGAUUUUGAUUCAACAUAGUAUUGCUGAUAUCAUCUCCCUGACGUUCUACUUUUUCCAAAAGGUCUCCUACAGUAUCAUGCCACGCUUUCUAUUCAAAUAUCAAAACUUCCGUAUUGCUGCAGUAAACUACAAUGGUUUAUAUUGGCUAUUUGUGAUUCGUUGUAAUGGAAUUGCACUAAUGACUAUUCAGAGAUACUUGUCAAUUGUUAAAUCAAUUAGUACUAUUACUAGGCUUAUUCACAAUUUGAAACAGUGGAAAAUUUUCAUGCUAUACUGGUUUUCGUCAGUUCUAUUUAGUAUAAUUUGUUUCUCAAAUCCUGAAAUUGGAUUUGAUUCCCCUGAACGAAUGAUUUUAGUUAUGGAUCCAGCUUAUAUCAGUAAUACGACAAAAAUUUUAUUUGUUUUUGUAAUGGUAUCAUGCAUGAUUUGUCUAGUAUUUUAUGGACUUAUUGUGAAAUUUAUUAGAGGAAAUACACAAUCCGUUUCCAAAACUUUGCAAAGAGAAAUCCGACUGGCUUUCCAAGUAUUUCUAUCACUUGCAGCUCAAUCAAUUUUACUGGUUUAUUUAUUUUUCUCAUAUAUUUUUGCUGAAACUGGCAACACUGCCCAGAUUGUGAACACAAGAAGAUUUUUCCCACUUGCCUAUGGAACUAUUUCUUUUAUCGGCCCAUUUACAAUACUAAUUUUUAAUAAAGACGUCCUGAACAAUGUAAAACUUCUGCUACUUGCCAAAAAAUUGUUGAGUUGAUU